CAGAAAAGGCCCAAAACCAAAUCGGAAGGAAGCCCUCGUCUUCCUUCCUCCGUAACUCCAUUCCUCUCCUCGAUAACUCCUCCACCAAAACCCAACAGCUUCUUCCUGACGGCGUUACUCUCGGAGCGCCUCGUCGAGGAAUCGACCGAUAUGGUUUUCGGCGGAGGCGCCGCCGGGGAUUACUCAUCGGGGUCGAUGGCGACGCCGGAGGCGGCGGUGGCGGAGGAGGACUACGUGGGGAUAUCCGAGGUAAGCUCCUCUUCUUACCCCGGUUCGGCGGGCGUUGGAGGUGGAAUGGACGAGGAGGAGGAACUGGAACUCGGUCUGAGCCUGGGGACAAAGAAGGCCAUCGGCGGCGGCGCAACGCCGUGGGCCGAUUACUGCCGAAUAUUGACGGCGGAAGACUUGCCGUCGAUGGGGUCGCGUGCUUCGCCCUUAUCUUCUUCGUCGUCUGUUUCAUCCUCGUCCUCACCUAUCGCGGGCGGGGAGAGGUGCAACGGCCGUGUGGCUAAGAAGACCUCCAGUAACCCACCGAGUCAAAUGGUGGUAGGAUGGCCACCGAUAAGAGCAUACAGGAUGAACAGUUUAGUCAACCAAUCCAAAGAAAACACAUCCGCGCAUGCUACCAUCACGUCAGCCCACAAGAAGGCAUCUCAAAACAUCAAGAACAACAAAACUGGGGAGAGAAUUUGCUGCAAGGAAAUUGAAAAGAAAGGAAGAUCCUCUGUGAAUUCCCUCUUUGUUAAGGUGAAUUUGGAUGGAGAUCCUAUUGGGAGGAAGGUGGAUCUCAGUUCCUAUCCCUCCUAUGAAACCCUUGCGCUAGCACUUGAGGCCAUGUUCCUCAGACAAACAUUAGUCCUCAGUAGCUCCAUUUAUGAUGGCCCAAGGACCUCAAAAUUGCUGGAUGGCUCAUCUGGAUUCAUAAUCACAUAUGAAGACAGGGAUGGCGACUGGAUGUUAGUUGGUGAUGUUCCGUGGGGAAUGUUCCUUAGCACUGUCAAGAGGCUUAGAAUCAUGAAGACCUCUGAUGCUAGUGGGCUUGGCAAAUGGGUCUGCCAGAGUCAUGUUCACCCAUCUUGUUCUCCCGGAGUCUUUCGUAUGAUACCUCACUCUGAAGGGUUACUUUAACUUAGCCUCAUUUUCAAAUGUGAAUCAAGCAUUGUUUCUCUCGUAUUCAUCCUUAAAAUGUGAAUCAAGCAUUAGAGAGAUAGUAUGGAUAUUUGUGUUUAAGAUCUUGGGUGCUGUGAUUCAUGAGAAACUUAAGCGCCUGGGAAAGUAUAUUGACGCAUCACACUUUUGCGGAUUGACGUGUAGCAUUGUCUUUAUGCAAUGUUUCAUGAUCGAUUAGAUGAUUAACACUUGUAACUUUAUGCAAUUUUAAGCUGGUCUUCUGCCACUGUCAUCCAAUGGUAGAUGGAACACUAUAAUUUAUAUUUAUCUUAUUUUUUGACUUGUA